AUGUCUCCAGCAAAGACACCCAAAGGAACGAAGCAGCAAAAAGGAAACGAGUACACACCGAUCAGACAACAACUCGCGGAACAGAAGAAGAAGGAAGAUUCUAAAAUAAUGGAAGAAGAAUACGAUGUACUAGUGCGUCAGAAAAAGGCAAUCAAAUCUAGACUUUUACGAGUACAGCGUGCACUAUCUGACACUGAAGAUAAUUCAAACCUUACAAAUAUUCAUUUUCUGCAGCUUCAUUUGAAGACUGUCGAGAGUUGUUAUCAUGAAGUCAAUGAAUUGCAAAAAAAGAUGUACGCGAUGCCGCUUUCUGAAGAAACCUGCGAUGAACAAGAAGAAGAAAUUAUCGCCUUUGAGACGGCUUACAACGAACUUGUAAUUAAACUGAAUACUUUGAUCGCAGCGGUUGUAAAGCAAGAAUCCAUAGCUACAUCACGUGUUGUAACGGUUGCCCCUCCGGUGGUCUCCGCUGGUUCUGAUUCAUCCCAGUUUCCGCCACUAAAAGUUCCGCUGCCGCAGUUUGAUGGCUCUUAUGAGAAUUGGCUAUCAUUUAAAUGUAUGUUCCAGACAAUCAUGGCACGAUACAAAAACGAAUCUCCGGCAAUUAAAUUGUAUCAUCUGCGAAAUUCACUGACUGGAAAAGCUACAGGCAUCAUAGACCAAGACAUCAUUAAUAACAACGAUUAUGAUGCUGCUUGGGAAAUGCUUACAGAACGAUAUGAAGACCUGAGACUUAUCAUCGAUCGACAUAUUGAUGCGUUGAAUAAAUUACCAAAAUUAACAAAAGAGAGUGCGAUAGAUUUGCGAAAACUGGUGGACAACUGCUCAAAGAAUGUAGAUGCCUUGAAAAAUUUGGAACUUCCUGUCGAAGGAUUGGGUGAAGCGAUGCUAAUUAACUUAAUUUCUUCGAAAAUGGAUACUGCAACACGAAAGGAUUGGGAAAUGAUCCAAGUCCCAGGUGAAUUUCCUGAAUACGGUGCAACCAUGAACUUUCUAAAGGAACGUUGCAAAGUUUUGGAGAAGAUCAACAUGAACACAAAAACCAGUACGGAUUUAGUAAAAAUUCCACGAUCGGUGACAAAAAGCAACACGCUUACAACGACGGCUGCACAAAAAUGUCCUGUGUGUAAGAACGAACAUGAAUUGUGGAAAUGUGAUGAUUUUAAGAACUACAGUGUUAGUGACAAAUACGACAUUUUGAAAAAGAGUGGUUCCUGCUUCAAUUGUCUACAAAGAGGUCAUCGUACGAAUGAGUGCUCAUCGUCGAGUUCAUGCAAGAAGUGUAGCAAGCGCCAUCAUACCUUGCUGCACACUGAAGAACGUAAACAGAUAACGAAAAAGUCGGAUGGAGAUACGGCGAUCAGCAAAUGUGUCGAUAGUGUGCUGAUGCAAUCCGUUCCAGCGACUAACAAUCACGAUGAAAAAGAUAAAGGUGAAACAACGUCUACGCUGUGUUCCAGUGAUGAAAAUUUGAAGGUACACUGCCUACUUUCGACAGCUGUGGUAACAGCCUAUGGCAGAACAGGAUUACCGUUUCCUUGCAGAGCCAUUCUGGACUCAGCUUCUCAGACAAAUUUUGUUACAGAACAAUUUGCUAACUUAUUGGCGUUGCAAAAGGAAGCUGCGGAUUACAUUGUCAGUGGUUUGGAUGGAAAAAACACGCGAGUUAAAUUUAAAAUUCAUCUGAAGGUUUCAUCCCGGGUAUCUAAUCACAGUGUCAUGCUUGACUGUCUUAUUACACCAAAAAUCGUUGGCGACCUACCGACGCUGUGUCCAGACAUACGCUCAUGGCCAUUACCAACUAGUAUUGAACUUGCAGAUCCAAAGUUCUUCAAGAAAAAUCAUAUUGACAUUUUGAUUGGAGCUGAUAUAUUUUGGGAUUUGAUAAAACCGAACAAGUUAAAAUUGGCUCCAAAUCUUCCUACUUUAACGGAAACUGAAUUCGGUUGGAUUGUCGGAGGAUCAUUCCCAGCCCCCGAAAGGAAGUUUCAACGAACCUUAUGUACGGUGAUCGAGAAUGAAAAUUUAAGUGAUAUUCUCAAUAAAUUCUGGAAGAUAGAAGGACUUGCGGAUCUUCAACAAGACACCACAGCAUCAGACAAAGAGUGUGUCGAGUUUUUCAAGCGUACAUUCCGACGAGACGAUGAUGGACGAUUUCAUGUCCGACUUCCCUUCAAUGAACGUAAGUCGGAAAUCGGUGAAUCAAAAAAUGCUGCUAUCAGAAGAUUCCUGAAUCUUGAACGAAAAUUAAAUAGCGAUCCUACACUGAAGCAACAAUACGUACGAUUCAUUCGUGAGUAUCAGCAAUUAGGACAUAUGCUGGAAAUUGAUCCAACGAAUGACGAUGAUAGUGGUUUCUAUCUCCCGCACCACUGCGUACUCAAACCGUCAAGCACAACAACAAAAUUAAGAGUUGUGUUUGAUGGGUCGGCUAAAUCUUCUAGUGGAAUUUCUAUAAACGACGCACUGUUACCGGGACCCAUAGUGCAAAAUGAUUUGGUGGCGAUAUUACUGAAUUUUCGUUGCUUUCGCUAUGUCGUUACGGCUGAUGUAUUAAAAAUGUUUCGGCAGGUCGGUAUACAGUAUCCAGAUAGGAAAUUUCAACGCAUCGUAUGGAGGGAGAAUUCGAAUCAACCCCUGAAGCUGUUUGAACUUCAGACUGUAACGUAUGGACUGACGUCAUCGCCAUUUCUUGCUACUAUGGCACUCAAACAGUUGGCUUCCGAACACGCUGAAGAUUAUCCACUCGCAGCAGCUGCAGUCGAAAGGUGCUUCUACAUUGAUGACGCCCUGGCCGGAGCACAAACAUUGAACGAAGCCUGUCAGUUACAACAAGAAAUUAUGGAGCUAUUGCGAUGA